AUGGCUUCCGAGGAUCUUAACACUACCUACCGCUAUGAGGAGAAGAAAUCAGAGAUCGAGGAACAUGUCUUCCCCACCGAGGGGGAGAUUACAGACGUGGAAUUGGAUGACUUGGUCGAAUUGCUGAAGGAGACCUUGGCUGAGCACGAAAUGGAUGGUAACUUCCCUCAGGACAUGUUAGACAAUGCUCGAGAGUUUCUGGCCAAAGAUGUCAAGCAAAUCACUGCUAUGGAAGCUCAGUCCUUGCUCCGCGACAUUCGUGAGCAAAGAGAACUUUUGUUGAACGACUCACCCUAUCCUGAGGUUCGCGCUGUGGUUGAUCCCACCGACGACCCUUCUAUCUCAGCAAACACCUUUCGAGCCUGGUUCUUGGGUCUCCUUUUGACCAUUGUCUUCACUGGUGUCAAUCAGCUGUUCACUCUGCGAUACCCGACUAUUUUCCUCUACUCCUAUGUCUCCCAGGUCGUCAGUUUACCCCUGGGUAAAUUCAUGGCCAAGGUACUGCCAACUCGAGAGUGGUCCCUGUUUGGUUACCGUUGGUCUUUGAACCCCGGUCCCUUCAAUCAGAAGGAACACAUGUUGAUCACCGUCAUGGCUAACGUCGGAUAUGGUGGUUACAUGGGUACUUCCUACACAACUAACCUCUUCACUGUGCUCAAGGUGAAGAAGUGGUACAAUGACCAGGAGCUGUACAACAAGGCUGGCUUCCAGAUCUUGCUGACUUUGUCUACUCAAUUCCUGGGAUACGGAUGUGCUGGUCUCGUCCGAAAGUUCCUGGUUACUCCGCCAUCCAUGAUCUACCCCAAGGCUUUGGCAACUAUUGCCCUCAACAAGGCCCUGCACAAUGACCAGAAGGGCGAGUCCAUCCACGGAUGGACCAUGUCGCGUUACCGCUUCUUCCAAUAUGCAUUCGGUGCCAUGUUCUUCUGGUACUGGUUCCCUGGUUAUAUCUUCCAGGCUCUUUCUUACUUCAACUGGAUGACCUGGAUUGCUCCAGAGAACACCAACCUGGCCGCAAUUACUGGAAGUAUUACCGGAUUGGGUCUUAACUUUUGGCCGACUUUCGACUGGAACAUGGCCUCUGUCGUCUACGAUCCCAUCAUCACCCCUUACUACGCCUUGGUUACCAUUGCUGUUGGUACCUUGUUCUUCUGUAUCUGUGUUAUCAUUCCUAUCUGGUGGACCAAUGUGUGGAAGACUGCAUACUUCCCCAUUAUGAGCAACUCUCUGUUCGAUAACACCGGUGCUUCAUAUGAUGUCUCGAAGAUCAUGGUCGAUGGAACCUUCAGCGAGGCGGCCUAUGAGGCAUACAGCCCUCCCUACAUGACCGCCUCGUAUGCUGUCAUGUUCUUUUGCUUCUUUGGCGCCUACAUGGCUGGUAUUGUUCACAUUCUUCUGUACAACCGUUCUGAGAUUACCAAGGGUUUCAAGACAAUGUGGAAGUCUAUUUUCAAGACCGAGGAUCAGCGCAAAGAGCAUGAGGAUAUCCACAACCGUCUGAUGGAUCAUUACAAGGAGGCACCUGAUUGGUGGUACCUAGUCAUUCUGAUCAUCUGCUUCGUUAUUGGUUGCGUGGUUUGCAAGGUCUAUGUUCCAGCCUUCCCCAUCUGGGGCAUGGUUGUCUGUGUCUUCCUUUGUCUCUUCCUGCAAGUCCCUUACGGUAUGAUCUACGCUAUCACCAACUCCGAGGUCACCAACAACGUCGUCGCCGAGUUGAUUGCCGGUUAUGCUAUUCCCAACCAGCCCAUCGCCAACAUGAUCUUCAAGACCUACGGUGUUGUCUCUUGCGCCCAGGCCAUCCAGUUCGUCAGUGAUCUUAAGAUGGGCCACUACAUGAAAAUCGCCCCUCGUGUUAUGUUCAGUGCUCAGGUCGUCGCCACUUUCGUCUCCGCUUUCGUCAGUAUCGGUGUCAACGCCUGGGCCCUGGCUAACAUCUCUAACAUCUGCUCCGAUGACCAACCAUCCGGUUUCACCUGUGAGAACUACACCACCUUCUUCACAUCCUCCGUCAUCUGGGGUGCUAUCGGUCCUCGCCGUCUCUUCGCCUCUGGCAUGAUCUACAAUGCUACCCUGUACGGUUUCUUGCUGGGCGCCCUACUCCCCGUGCCAUUCUACUUGCUCGCCAAGUACUUCCCCAAGUCCGGUGCCCGUUACAUCUACUCCCCACUUCUCCUGUACGGAAUGAUGAACUUUGCUCCAUACAACUUCACCUAUGUCGCCGCGCCUCUGAUCGUGGGUACUGUUUUCAACUUCUAUAUCAAGCGUCACUACCUCGCCUGGUGGGAGAAGUACGCUUAUGUCCUUACUUCCUCUUUCGGUGCCGCUCUGGCUAUUUCGGCGGUUGUCAUUUUCUUUGCCGUUGAGUACCACACUGUUUCUAUUAACUGGUGGGGUAACUCGGUUUCUUUUGCUGGUUGUGAUGAUUCCGGUUGUACUAUCAUGCCUGUCCCUGCUGGAGGUGUUCCAUCAUGA